ACACAACACUAAUACACUUAGUUGGUUUCCUUUCGCGCACAUUACCGUUUCGAUCGCUUCGACAGCAAACCGCCACCACCGCAUAGAACUAAAAAUCAACACCCGCCACCGCUACUCAGCCGUCGUCUCCGGCGAUACAUUCGAAUCUCCAAUCUCGAAAGAGAGAAAUUUAGGGAAAGAUGAGCGACGUAUUCGAAGGGUACGAGCGCCACUACAGUGAGCUCUCCGCCAACCUCACCAAAAAGUGUACGAUAGCUGGGGCUCUCGAUGGAGAACAAAAGAAGCAGAAGGUUACUGAAAUAAAGGCUGGAAUCGAUGAUGCAGAAUCUUUGAUCCGGAAAAUGGACCUUGAGGCAAGAAGUUUGCCACCAAAUAUUAAGGCUGUGCUUCUUGCUAAGCUGAGGGAAUAUAAGUCGGAUCUGAAUAAUCUGAAAAGCGAAGUUAAAAAACUUGUAUCUGGAAACGCAUAUGCAUCUGCCCGAGAUGAGUUGCUGGAAUCAGGCAUGGCUGAUUCUCUGACAGCAUCAGCUGAUCAGAGGUCAAGGCUAAUGAUGUCAACCGAGAGAAUAAACAAGUCCAGUGAUAGAGUUAAGGACAGCAGAAGAACCAUGCUCGAAACAGAAGAGCUUGGUGUUUCGAUCCUCCAGGAUCUGCAUUCACAGAGACAAUCACUGUUGCAUGCUCAUACCACGCUUCAUGGAGUGGAUGACAACAUAGGGAAAAGCAAGAGAGUUCUGACUUCCAUGGCAAGGAGUAUGAACAGGAACAAGUGGCUUAUUGGCACGGUCAUCGCGGUUCUUGUCUUUGUGAUCGCCUUGAUCUUGUACUUCAAACUUAAAUAAGCCAAGACAUUUUCGCUUGUUGAGCUUGUGGCUUUUCAAAUGAACAAAUUUUCGUUUCUUGUUUCCCCUUAUUUUUCGAGUGUGCAAAUUGAGUUUGUCAAGAUGGAGAUUCUUGAUUGUGUAGUAAUGGAAACAUAUCGAUACGUUCCAACAUUCUUUAUUGGUUGUGUAACUUGUGUUUACCAUUUCUGAGUAAGACAAUACUUCCCACCUUCCCAAUAAAGAGGAAAGUCAUCCAUCCA